CAUGGUUCGGGAAAGACCAGCAUGCGAAGUAUUAUUUUUGCUAAUUAUAUUGCAAGGGACACUCGCAGAUUGGGAGCAACGAUCGAUGUAGAGCACAGCCACGUUCGUUUCCUGGGAAAUUUGGUCCUUAAUCUUUGGGACUGCGGAGGCCAAGAAGCUUUUAUGGAGAACUACUUUGCAUCGCAGAGAGAUAAUAUUUUUCGAAAUGUCGAAGUACUAAUAUAUGUGUUUGAUGUUGAAUCGCGAGAAUUGGAUAAAGAUAUGCAUUAUUAUCAAAGUUGUCUGGAGGCCAUACUACAAAACAGUCCCGAUGCAAAAGUAUUUUGCCUAAUUCACAAAAUGGAUCUCGUUCAAGAAGAUCAGAGAGAUUCUAUAUUUAGAGAAAGAGAAGAGGAUUUAAGGAGACUGAGCUUGCCAUUACAGUGCACAUGCUUUCGAACAAGUAUAUGGGAUGAAACUUUAUACAGAGCAUGGUCUUCCAUAGUAUAUAUGUUAAUUCCCAAUGUCAAAGAGCUCGAGCAGAGCUUAAAUCAAUUUGCCAAUAUUAUCGAUGCCGAUGAAGUCCUAUUAUUUGAACGCGCAACGUUCCUUGUUAUCAGUCAUUGCCAAAGACGACAUCAUCGAGAUGUACAUCGUUUCGAAAAAGUAUCAAAUAUUAUUAAGCAAUUCAAACUGAGCUGCAGUAAAUUAGCCGCUCAAUUUUCAAGUAUGGAAGUGCGGAAUACUAAUUUUGCUGCUUUCAUCGAUGUUUUUACAUCAAACACAUACGUUAUGGUCGUAGUGUCCGAUCCCGCCAUCCCAUCCGCUGCAACAUUGAUCAAUAUUCGUAAUGCUCGUAAACACUUUGAGAAGCUUGAACGUGUAAGUCAGAGCUCAUCUUUAAGUAGAUAGAAGUUGGUACGGCCAAGGCGAGACCGAAAAGUUCGUCGCUAACAG